AUGCCUUCUAUUGAUGGCAUCUUUCUCAUGAUCCUUGUAACUGCUACUACAGAAAGGAUAAUUACUGAGCGAAAAUGUGGUGGAAUAGAAGACAUAACCGGCUGCACUCUCUACAACUCAAAACUUACCAGAAAGAUUCGGCAUCUACUCUCUACAGAUCAGAGAAGCGGCAGCGCACAUCGAGCAACGUCCGCUCUUUUUGUUGAGGUAUGUAGCGAAUCAUGUCCUGAUGGUAGAUGUUCAAACGCAAGUGCUAUGAAGUGGGCUAUCAACGUGGCCAUAAUUUCACUUGUCUCUUUAUUGCAAAAAUAA